AUGCUUGCACCCGAGCCUAUACCUGCUCACAAUCCUCUGCCUGAGCAUGACCCUGUACCUAUUGGGUUACCUGUUGUUGCACCCCUUGUACCCGAUCCGAUCCCUGCAGCCGCUGACCAUGCUCCUUUUGCUGAUCAGAUAGAUCCCCGUUACGCAUUCACCCGCAAUGGGUGGAUAGAGGACGAUGAUGACUUGCCUCCUUUUGUUGAGCCUAUUAUUCCCCCACCUACACCUACACAAGCACCUGUUGACGUUGUCCCGUUUCACCCACAUGAUAUCCCUACACCCUGUCCACGGGAAGGACCGUCUAGCCAGCAGCCUGGCCAUGUUCCACCUGUGCCAGCAGCUUUUCCCUUCGUGCCACAGUUUACACAUACUGCUCCUUUCACUUCUGCACCGUCAGGCGAGCCACUCAUAUGGUUUCCGCCCAACACUAUGCCAGUUUCCGAUCCAUACCAUCCUUCACAUUACACUGGUUACACGAGGGAUGAUUUACUCCUGUCUUUGCAGCUUCAGAAGGAGAUGUUGUGUCGUAGAGUCAUGGAUCUUGAGAGGAUUCAACGUCCUCCGCCUUGUGCAUGUCAGUCACCUUUCGCGACUCCACCCACUCCUCUUCUUCCCUACCCAGAUUUUGACGUUCGAUUCCUUACCAUGGAGCAGCAGAUUAGUUAUCUGUUGCGUAUCAUUCAUGCUCUUGAGGAGGAGUUAGCGCACGUGCGCAGUUUGCUUUUCGUUCCUCCACCUCCUCCUCCUCCCCAAUCAGCAUAG